AUGGCUUCGCAUUUCGUCAGUAGACAUUUGAUCGCUGGCGAUUUCGAUUCAUUUGCUUUGAAAAAGUAUGGAAGAGUCGCAACACUCGAAGGAAUUAAUGCAACCAUCGCAGAAUAUCAGGUAAUGGUCGACUCACCUAAGGGUAGCCGUUAUUGAGUUUUUUGCUUUUGCUUAUAAGCGCUGGGCUUAAAAAUCUUCGUAGGGGGUUUUAAGAGGACCUAUAAACGGAGGGGCUUAAAUCUGAGGGGGUCUAUAACAGGUAGAUGGGCGUUUAACUUGGGGGCUCAUAAGUUGAGGGGCUUAUCAGCGGCACUUUACUAUAUAUGGCUUUCUCGUUUGUUAUUUUUUACCCUUGAGAAAACAGCUUUAUCACCUAUAAGAACGCCUCAAGAUAAGUCUUUUUUUUUCCAAAUUAGUGAAUAAAGCGAUGUUGCUACACGUUUUUUUUCAGACGUUUUGUAAAGAGUUCUGUAAAAACCACGUUACUUGCAUUAUUCUUCUUGUUGAUAAACACCACAUUUCUCGAAAGCUUUGCGAUGUUUUUUUUUUCUAGUAGUAAAGAUUUUUUAAGCCAAGUGAACGCUUAUAAAAUCGUGAUGUGACUGAUGGCUGUUUGAAAUAGCUUAAGGCUGUUGGUUUAUUCAAAAUUGAUUAACGAUCGUCUAUAUCAGAAUAGACUUCUGUGUUGCUCAAGUCUCAUUUUGUUUGGAAGUUGAUGUGAUAUUUUUUUUACAAACAGAAUGUGACGUACUUCAGGCUGGAUGGGCAUUAUAUCAAUGCAUCUGUGCUGUUGAGCGAUUUGUUGGCUGGUAAUGGUAUGAUUCAUGUGAUUGACAAGAUAAUGUGGCACGUCGGAGACUAUCAAGAAACACGUUCUGUAAGUUACGAUAAUUAAAGAUUUGCCGUUUUAUUAUUAGUCGGUUGUUUUGCUGUUUAGAGCCUGAAAUGAAACAUCAAUCGUUUCUCACAAUCCGGAAUUUCUCGUUACUUGUAAAUGACCAGUAGACUGCCUUGGUCAACCUACGAACCCUAACCGGGCGCGUAACACGAUUGUAACAUUUUUUCUGUUUAGUUGAGUUUUAUGUACAUGGGAAACGUUUUUCUCUCUUCCAGAAAUCAUCACUUCAGGUUCUCUUCAGUCAGAGCAGAUUCAAAGUCUUUGCGUCACUCUUACAGGUAUGAAUUAGAAAAACAAUUUGAUGAGAAUCAACCACAAGGUAUCUACAGAAUUUUUUUAGUUCCAGGUGGGGUUGAACCCCGGGGGAUACUCCCGAACAUGUGGGAUAGGGGUGUGCCGCGGUGGGUCUUACACCCUGACCCUAUUUAAGGACGAGACAAACGAAAACUGAUCCCCUUAGUAUGACCCAAACCUGAAAAAUGAAACCCAUUUUAAGGAAAAAACAAAACCUAAAAAUUUAACGGAAAAAAAAAUCUUCAAAAAAUCGCUUUCCUAAUACUCUAAGGUAAAGUUCAGCUUUAACAGAUGAUUUGUUUCUCGUGUCGAUGGGCAUUUACUCGCUUGAAUUUUAGCUGAUAUAAUAACGGUACUCUUUUUAAGGAUCACACCGUGAUUACAACGCUAACAAGGCCAAAAAUGAUUCCCUUAUUAAGGAUGGAGACCCUCAAAAACUAUACCUUAUUGGGUGGCACAUACCUAUCUCAGUGGCCGAUCCAGACCUUCAGAUGCGAGGGGGGUGGGGGGCAGUCAUCCAGACCCUUUGAUAAGGGAGGCCUGGUGUCAAAAUUUUUUUUUUUCGGACCUUCGGGCCUCAGGUUGGUCUAAGGAAGGGGGUGAAGAGUGGCUGUGGCGAACCGCCGGUCUCGGGGUUGGGGGGGGGGGUGGUGGGCUGCAAUCAGCCGUUUUUUGGGGGGGGGUGGUUGGUUGAUGUUUUUUUGUUGCGGGGGGGGGCGGGGGGGGUGGUGGGGGGGGUGGGGGGGGGGGGGGGGGGGGGGGGGGCUCCCCUGGAUCCACCUCUGUAUCUAGCCCAUAUAUGGGAGUACCCCGGGAUUUGAACGUACGACCUCCUGCACUUUAGACAGAUUCUCUAGCCAUUGAGCUACUGGAGACCCUGGAGAUCAAUGGUAUUUCUAGGGAUUAUGACAAAGGAGCUGCAUCACGCAGUCAAACAACAACACAUUAAUUGCUUAAGUGCAUCGCACAGUCACAUUAAUGAACAGUAACAGCGCAGUAGGAAACUAUUGUUUAGCGGUCACUCAAGCAAUUCACUGCAGAGAGUUCAGUAUGCGCAAAUACCCAAUGCCAAAUUGCCAAUGACUGAUUGCCAAAGCAGCCUUUAUCGAAUGAAGUAAAUAGCUGAUUUAAUGAAGGUUGCUUUAGGCAUUGGCCAAUUGCUCACAAGGAAGCUAUUGUUUAGCGGUCACUCAAGCAAUUCAUUGCCGUGAGUUCCCGUAUGCGCAAAUACCCAAUGCCCAGUUGACCAAGCAACCUUUAUUAAAUUAAGUAAAUCAUAACUGAUUCAAUAAAUGUUCCUUUGGGCAUUAGGAAUUGAGCACUAGGAAGCAACUAGGACCCAAGCAAUUCAUUGCAGUGAGCUCCUUAUGCUCAAAUACUCAAUGCCCAAUUACCAACGACCAAUUGUCAAUUAACCUUUAUUGAAUUAGGAAUAUACGAAUCCCUUAUGUUUUGUUGUUUUAGUCUUCGGGAAUUGCUUCAGAGUUAUCUGGUCUGGGUGCCCAGUUUACCCUGUUAGCACCAGUAAAUUCCGCUUUCAAGGCGAUCGACAACAGCACUAUGAGAUUCUUAACCGACACUGAUGCGGUAAGUAUUGCAGUUUGGGAAGCUUAA